AUGUUAUGGCAUCGACGCUUAACGGUGAUAAUUUCAAGUUAUGUAAAACUUGGUGAUUUACCAAUAGCCAAUGAAGUAAAAGCAGGGUAUGAUUCAAGCAGGUUGAGUGAGUCCAGUGAAAUGGCAAGUGACGGUGGUUCCAACAAGCAUGCUGAUAAAGGACCAAAGAAGAAAAAAGGGAAAGCCACUGGAAAUGCAUUAGCAAAUCAACCUGAAAGUGGUGCUAAUAACCAAGAGCAUACUUCUACCAAAUCUAAGAAAAGCCAGCGAAGGGGUAAGGAUACAUCUUCACAAACAUCAGAUUCAAAGCAAGGUUCUAGGAAAGAAUCACUUAAAAUGAAAGAGGAUAAUCUCAUUAGUCCCUCAGAAGAAUGGAUCAUGGAGAAGAUUACAGCCUUGAUUCCUGAUUUUGAAGAACAAGGUAUUGAUGAUCCUGAAACGAUUCUUAGGCCUUUGAUGAUCCUGAAACGAUUCAUAGGAAGGCAUUGUUUAAAGACAAUGCAGAAAGAAUGA